GACGUGACGUCAUAAGAAGGCGCCGCAGAGAGCAGACCGAUGGACCCCGUCGCCCACUAGAAGAGACACUGUUUUAACUUCACUGCAGAUUUAGUGGAUCGGUGCUAUGUCUUCGGGGUUGACUGGACAAACACCGUGCCUAACCAGCCGAUGGGACAAGACGGCCCAACCUAAACAAAGUGUAGAUGUGAGGCAGCAGAGGAGUAGUGAAAAUGCGGCCCACUCAUUAUCAGGAGUCGUCAGCACUGCUGGUUCAAACAGUACAGGUUCCCGCCCGCCACAAACGGGAGACAAGCCAGCACCUCAGGGUGGAGUUGAAAUGGCUGCAGCCAUGGCUGCUAAAAUAAAUGCCAUGUUAAUGGCAAAAGGAAAGCUGUUGACUCCUCCACCAUUACUUGCAAAGACUGCUCCAAAUGUGCCUGUGUCAAACGCCGCAGAAGAAAUGGCGGUGACGGAGGUCGACAUAAACGAUGUACCACUAAAUUGCAGGGACCUUCUCACGAAAGGCAAAACACAGGAGGAGAUCCGACAGUGUAGUGGAGCGGUAGUCUCAACGAAAGGUCAUUACAUGCCUGAUCCUGAAAAGAGAAUAGCAGGACAAAGACCUUUGUAUUUACAUGUCCAGGGAAAGAACCAGGAGCAGGUCAACAAAGCUGUGCUGAGGAUAAAGGAGAUCAUUUCUGAAGACCUGUUGAGGGCCGCGGCCGCAUCAGGAGGUCAUCAUGUGCCUAUAAUGCCUCCACUCACACUCUACCCUCAGCCUCCUCGCCUCGUCAGUAACCCAACCGUGCCACGGAUGCCCAACUCCAGCUCGUUGCCAGGACAUCGGCCUGCGGCUCCUCAUUCAGGGAGUUUUGUGCACACAAAGAUUUUUGUGGGCCUGGACCAGUCGUGCCCCUUUUUCAACGUGAACGAAAAGAUAGAGGGUCCUGGAGGGUCCUACCUGAGUCACAUCCAGACAGAGACUGGGGCCCGAGUGUUUCUCAGGGGAAAAGGUUCAGGCUACAUCGAACAAGCAUCAAAACGAGAGUCUUUUGAGCCUCUUUACGUCUACAUCAGCCACCCAAAUUCCGUUGGAUUGGAGUCAGCGAAGAAACUCACUGAGAGUCUGCUGGAAACUGUGAGAGAUGAAAACGCCCGUAUGGUGUCGAAUUACACGGCCACCGGCUCAACACAACCAUACGCAGCACAUGGAUUUCCACCUAAUAGCAAUUACUCUAGCCAGGGGUCCUGGUAUAACUACCCAGCAAAUGGGUAUGCUGGUGGCUAUUCAGCAUACUCAGGAGCCAGUGGUUAUUGGAGUAAUGCAAAUGGUCCCCCAAGUCAUUCUAACAUGUCGACAAACCCUCCAUCUUCUCAGGCAAUGGUUCAGUAUCCGGUGUGUCCUAGGAAACCACAUCCAUAUCUCGUCCAGGAUCCUGGCAGCAGUGAGACAGUGGAGCCUGGAGGAUCGUUAAACAUCCCCCCCGACUCCGGAAGUCCCAGGCGUCAUUUCCAGGAGGGGGCUAAGGAAGAACAGCCUCCCAGCAGAUCUCCAGAGGGUCCUGCUCAUCAAGAGCCUGCACUUCCUGCCUCCAGUGUUGGAGAGGAGAAAGUAGUACAAAGGAUCCUGAUGCCUCCACCGCCGCCUUUCUUUGUAGCUCCUGCCCCCGUUGCACGCAAAAGGCCGAGAGACACGGUGACAGAAGAUCCAGUUGGUGUGCCCGGCAUCCCCGCGUCAAUGGGUGUUCAGGAGGAGGUGAGCGAGAAGAAGUCUAAAGUAGAAGAAGAUGCAUCCGGGCUUGUGCCCUACGGAGGAGACUCCUCUGAUGAAGAGGAGGAGAGGACACGCAGCAGUAAGACUGAUCACUCAUAACCCCCGCCCCAUCCAUCCACCCUGUCCAGGAGACCCACAGACCCAAGGUCUACAUUCAGUAAAUCAACACAAUUCUCAAACUCCGUAAAAGGAAAAAUCCACCCUCGCAUUUUCAUACACUGUUUAAGGACUAAACCAGUGUUUUGCUGUGAUUAAACCCCAUUUAGUUCAAAGAAAAAAUGUCUUAUUGCUGUCAAAGUUUGCAAUAACAAUUCCAUUCAUCAGCAAAUGGUAUUUUGGGACACCUUUUCAAAAACUUCUGGUACCACUUCAUGUCCUGACAUCCAUUUGAGGACUGAAGAAAGGUGAUGACGCUUCAUACUGUCAGGUUGACAAUCAAUCCAAACAAUAUAGCAUUGAGGUAAACGGGCAGACGAUGCAAAAAACACUGGUUUAGUCUUUCAUUAUCACCAGUUUCUGAUGUUUGGUGCUUUCCUGGACUCCUGGAGAAAGGUUUUUCUUUUCUUAUCCCAGUGUAGCUUUUGCUUAGCCUACCUCUGUUUCAGUUUUUCUUUUUUUUUUUUUUUUUUCACAAUACCUUUCCGUAACCCCGCACACAAUUGGGGGGUCACAGAAUGGGGAAAAUUUUAAUCUAUGCCCAUUUAUAUAGCAACUGUAAAUAUAGAGGCCCUGCCAACUAGUUCAUUGUCAUUGUGCAUAUUUGUGUGUAGCCACAUGACUUAAGGUGCAGCACAUCUUGUGGCUUCAUGCUAAUAAGGUAUUUCUCCCUUGUGUUGUAACUGACUUAGUAGUAGCCCUUUUUUAUUCUAUUUAAGUAUCUGACUAUUAAACAUGCACUUACUAAUGUCUUGAAUACAGAGACAUUUUCUGUUCACAAAAUAUCUCAAAACAUUUGCUUUUAACAGUGUGAAAGUAUUCAGGGUGGAUUUGUCCUUUUAACAUAUGAAUACGAUUGUAUAAUAUCUACAAAUGGCUUUAUUUCUUAAAACUUUCCUUUUCAUUUUUAAAAGCAUCUUUUUGUUAAUCAAAAACAAGUCCCUUAUUUCCUGUUUGAAUUGAAACACUUGGUCUGCUGCAUUUACUGAUGCUAUGAAUACAUAUUGUAAAAUUCAGUGAAACGUUUUUCUUAUCUUGGAAAAUGGUGUAUGCCUGUUCCCAUGGAAUAAUAU